GCCGGGCUCCGGGCCGGCCGGGCUCCGCGCCUGUCAAACCCCUCAUUGUUCGCAGCUGAUGUCACUCGCAGUUGUGAGCGGCCGCCUUUCCCGGGGACAAUGUGGGACUGAGCGGCCCAGCCGCCGCGCCGCCGCCGCUGCCGCCGCCGCCACCGCCGCUGCCGCCGCAGAACAGCCCCAGCGAGAGCCAGCUGAGCCACAGCGUGGACACACUCCCAGGCCACUGUGGCCCCAGCCCCGCCUGACAGGAUGAGCAGUUCAGAUGCGGGGCUGGAGGAGGAGCCAGAGCUUAGCAUCACCCUCACGCUGCGGAUGCUGAUGCAUGGGAAGGAGGUGGGCAGCAUCAUUGGGAAGAAGGGAGAGACUGUAAAGCGAAUCCGGGAGCAGAGCAGUGCCAGGAUCACCAUCUCCGAGGGCUCCUGCCCUGAGCGAAUCACGACCAUCACUGGAUCGACAGCCGCCGUGUUCCAUGCGGUCUCCAUGAUUGCCUUCAAGCUGGAUGAGGACCUCUGUGCAGCUCCUGCAAACGGUGGCAGUGUCUCCCGGCCUCCAGUGACCUUGCGCCUUGUCAUCCCUGCCAGCCAGUGUGGAUCACUGAUUGGGAAGGCAGGUACCAAAAUCAAGGAGAUCCGAGAGACUACGGGAGCCCAGGUACAGGUGGCAGGGGACCUGCUCCCCAAUUCCACAGAGCGUGCUGUCACCGUCUCUGGGGUGCCUGACGCCAUCAUCCUGUGUGUGCGCCAGAUCUGUGCUGUUAUUCUGGAGUCCCCACCCAAAGGAGCCACUAUCCCGUAUCACCCAAGCCUCUCCCUAGGUACUGUCCUCCUCUCCGCCAACCAGGGUUUCUCUGUCCAGGGUCAGUAUGGGGCAGUGGCCCCUGCAGAGGUCACCAAGCUCCAGCAGCUCUCAGGCCAUGCAGUUCCCUUCGCCUCACCCAGUGUGGUGCCAGGACUGGAUCCCAGCACACAGACCAGCUCGCAGGAGUUCCUGGUUCCCAACGAUCUGAUUGGCUGUGUGAUCGGACGCCAGGGCAGCAAGAUCAGCGAGAUCCGGCAGAUGUCAGGGGCACAUAUUAAGAUUGGAAACCAAGCAGAGGGUGCUGGGGAGCGGCAUGUGACCAUCACUGGCUCACCGGUCUCCAUUGCCCUGGCUCAGUACCUCAUCACUGCCUGUCUAGAGACGGCCAAGUCUACCUCUGGGGGGACACCUGGCUCAGCCCCCGCAGACCUGCCCACCCCUUUCUCGCCACCCCUGACGGCCCUGCCCACAGCUCCCCCAGGCCUGCUGGGCACACCUUAUGCCAUCUCCCUCUCCAACUUCAUCGGCCUCAAGCCCGUGCCCUUCCUGGCUCUACCACCUGCUUCCCCAGGGCCACCGCCGGGCUUGGCGGCCUACACUGCCAAGAUGGCAGCGGCCAAUGGGAGCAAGAAAGCUGAACGGCAGAAAUUCUCCCCCUACUGAGGCCGGCUGAGGCCCAGGCAGGGGCAGGCAGGACCGCCGGCAGGGGCUGCCUCCACAUCCUUCCUGCCCAAGGAGACUCUACCAUGGGGUCUCAAGCGCCAGUAAUGCCAGACGCAUGGAUGCACCCCCUACCCUGCCCUGUCUUUGGGUUCCUCCUCAGAGAGGGGACAGUUUCUGGCCCAGGUUUCUAGGAGCUAUGGCAGCCCCAGAGCGGGGGGCUCCACCCCUUCAGACCUAUGCUUGGAUGCCGGGAAUGUCCGGGGCCUCCCUAGUGCCCCGCCGUGGGAGGCCCCUCAUGUCCUCCAUCCCUUCGGGCUUUCAGCCUACUGCCCCCCGUGGGAAUUGGAGGAGAGUGAGGGGUGGCUGGGGCCAAGCUUCUCUUCACCCCCUGCAGAUCAUGCUGCUUCCACUGAUACCCUUUUGACUGGAAUAGACUGGCUGGGCUUGUCGGGGGCAACCCAAAGAGAGGGCUCUGCCUGUAGCCGGGGGGAGCGGCCUGGGGCAGGGGCCCAGUUCUCAGCAGCAGAUUCUCUGUACAGUUUUUUCAAUCCCUGUUUUUGAAUAAAUAUUCUCAGCGACCAGAAA